AGUAUAAUUCUGGCCCCUUUAAAAGAAGCAUUGCAUUCGUACACCUUGAUUAGCAAGCCCCUGUUUAUGGACGAAAGACGACUCAAGAGAGCGAAAUCACAAGACACGCAAAGCCUUACUCGUACAUUAAUGUGCCCUCUGGUAUGACUGUUGACUUGGGUUCAAUAAAAAACAAGAAAAAAAAAAGCAUUGCAUUCUAACUUUAACCCUGUUUGGAAACCCAGUAAUCCAUUCUUGUUUGUAUUGUGCUGCUGUAUAUUUCUAAACAUUCUUCUAGCUUACUUUGUUAACCUAACAUUAAGUAGGAAUCUAAAUAUAAGCCACAUUUUCCUUAAUCGCGUAAAAGGUAUAACAGUAUGUAUAACGCGUUGUUUGUACAACAUAUGUCACAGUCUUACUGGAGCAGGAAACAAUCACGAAUGGAAUGAGGCACUGGCCGAGCCAUGCCGGCAGGCUGGUGCUGCACACUACUCUGGCUCGCCGGGCAUCUUCCCCUUGAGAGCUGGGGGCCAGUUCGAGCAAUGCGCCUGCUGUAGUCAAUUCUUUAACGGUGGGGCUGGCGGAUCGCUCUGAGAUCAUGCGUUUGGAACACCCGCCUGCAGGAGCAGCGAGAUGCCAGUGAGAGGAAGCAAAGAAUAUGUUUUGGACCUGGGUAUCAUUUCUGAAUUAUUAUUUGGGAAAACAGAAAGUUAGGCGAUUACUUCAUUGUCCUUCCUUAGUCGGUUAUUCUUCGGCCACACCUCGGAUUCGCACAGUUGGCUACGUACGGUGCGAAAGGAGUUCAACAUACAUUAAAACAAUUUCCUUCUUUCCAGCGGGAAGUCGUCGAUGUUUUCCAACCGGUGGUGGUGGAGGUGACCUAUGGCCUCCUUGCGGUGGCUGCGGGGCCCAGUGAUGUCCCCCCACAUCCCCUCCAGCCCAUGCUGCGACCAAGAGCCCAGGGACACGUGGCCUGGAGCCAGACUUUGCUCCAGUGCCACUCUGUGACCACAAACUGUACACCUGACCUCUGGGUGGAGGUCGUGUUUAUUCAUUCUGGCUCCGAGCAUCCUGGGAACAACGUGGUGGCUGGAAACACACGCACACUGCUGAUGCACGUUAGCGUACACAACCGCGGAGACUCUGCCCAUGGCUCCUCUCUCUCUGUGGCCUUCCCACGCCCGCUGCACUACAUCAAGGCUCUCGUACAGGGUGAUGAGCAUCAUAGUUGUGCACCUACAGCUUCAUCACUGGUGUGCAACUUAGGACCCCAGUUGAUUGAACACAACUCAACGAGGAAAGUCGGCAUUUUGUUUGACACCAACAUGCUUACCGGGGAUGAGGGAGAGUUGCCGUUUAAUAUAACUGUGAAAAGUGAGACUCCUGAAGCAGAGUCCACCCUAGAGGACAAUUACAAGAAGGCUGUAGUCCACGUCACCAAUGCAGCUACAGCGAUCAUCAAUGGAACGGUGUCUCCAGCGCUAUUUUACUUCGGCGAAGCUGCCAAGGGGGACCAAACCUCAGAGUGCUUGCAACAGACGGUCCUCUUCUCAAUAAAGGUGACGAAUAUGGGUCCCAGCAGAGUGCGUGCAGCCUGGGUGCAGCUCCUGGUCCCUGGGCAACUGUCGAGCGACGCUCCCAAGCUCUUCACUGUACUGGAGACCAAGGUAGGAGGCCAGGCAGCCAAUUGUGUAAUUGACGGUUCAGCUGAAAAUUGUCACCACCCGGAUGUGAAAAGCAACCCUGGAUUUUUUCAAAACUUGAUCAACAUCAUCAAUUCUAAGCACCUGAAAGUGACAUGCGGUGGCAUGGCCAGGUGUGUGAACAUCACCUGCCCUCUCGGCAGCUUGCACAAGGGGAGUGUUCGUGAUGUGGACAUCAGGACUUUGCUGGACACACGCGUGCUGGAGAUGGACCGUGCGGCGUGGGUGCAGCUCGACGCGGAGGCGAGCGUCACGCUGCACGGAGUCGUCCCGGACGGCGGGCCCGCACGCGCCACGGUCACCGCGGACGCCAAGUACGAGCCGCGAGAAGUGGUCGACGUUGUGACGUGGAGCGUUGUGCUCAGCUCUCUGGCAGGGGUGCUCGUGCUCAGCGCCAUCGCGUUCGUUCUGUGGCAGGUUGGCUUCUGCAAACGAACGAUACCAGUGAGAAAGCCUCGCCGGAGAAACGCCUACUGAGUGGGAUAAUUGUGAAUCCUUUACACUGCAGGAGGCGCCAAAGGCGAGGUGUUAACUACCUCGCCUGGUAUGCAGGAGGUCGUGGGUUCGAUCCCGACCAUCACACCCGUAUAUUUGGA